UUUGUCCCCCGCCCCCCAGGAGCGAGGAGGAGAUGUCCUCCUGGAUCUCCCGCAUCAACCUGGCGGCCGCCCUCCUCUCCUCGCCCCCUUUCCCCGCCGCCGUGGGCUCCCAGCGCCGCUUCGCCCGGCCCAUCCUGCCCGCCGCGCCCAGCCGCAGCCCCCCGGAGGAGCAGCACCGAGCCCACGAGGCGUGGAUGGAGCGCGUGGCCCAGGAGCUCUUCGAGCACCAGCGCAACCUCCCCGAGAAGCGGGGCCGAGCCCGCGACCUCGACGAGUACCGGGUGAAGAAGGAGUACCUGCUGUACGAGAGGCGCCGCUACGAGACCUACGUGCAGGUGCUGGAGACGUGGAUCAACUCCGGCGCCCAGGACCUGGAGGGCUGGGAAGCGCAGGCGGGGGCCGUAGCGGCCCCCCCGGAGCCCCCCAACCUCACCAAGGCUCAUUCCAGCCCCUCGCUGGCCCCCGAAAGCGCCCCCCCGGCCGGCGUCCGGGUCAAGCGCAACAUCUCCGAGCGCCGCACCGUGCGUAAGGUCAUCCCCAAGCGCAACAAGAACCUGCUGUGACGGGGUCGGGGACACCCCCCCCCCUUCUUUUUUAGGGACCCCCCCUUUUCUUUUUUGAAGCCCCCCCCCUCCCAUUUAGUGUUUGGGGGGACCCCUCCCAACUUUGGGGAUGCCCCCCCCCACCGCGGUACGAGGGUCCUCAGGGCACCGCUGGCAACAAGGGGGUACCCCCCCCUCCCCAGGAUCGAGGGCUCAAACUCAGGGAGACCCCCCCCCGUGUCCCGGGGGAGGACAUGGGGGGGGCAGGGGGG